UAAGAAAAAGCUGAGUUGCUGUCUUAACUUCCCCAAUCAUGGCGACAACAAGACAACUACACUCUAUUCUCUCACUAACACUUCUCACUCUCCUUCUCUCCACAACAACCCACUCAGAACACGAAAACGACACUCCAAUCAGUCGUUUCCAACGCUACCUUCGCAUAAACACCGCACACCCAACCCCAGACUACACCUCCGCCAUCUCCUACCUCAUCUCCCAAUCCAACUCCAUCCCUUCCAUCUAUCAUAAAACCUUUGAAUUCUCACCAGGGAAGCCUCUCCUUCUCUUUACAUGGCCUGGGUCCCACCCUUCUCUCCCUUCCAUCCUCCUCAAUUCCCAUCUCGACUCCGUCCCUGCUGAACCCUCUAAAUGGCUCCAUCCUCCCUUCUCGGCCGUUCGCGACGCGGACGGCCUUAUCUUCGCCCGUGGUGCACAGGAUGAUAAAUGCAUCGCUAUGCAAUACCUAGAAGCUAUACGGAGUCUUAACAGCAAGGGUUUUGUUCCGGUUCGGACGGUUCAUAUCUCGUUAGUUCCUGAUGAGGAAGUUGGUGGAUUUGGCGGUUGGGCGAUGUUUGUGGAGUCUGAUGAAUUUGAAAAGAUGAAUGUUGGAUUUGCGUUAGAUGAAGGACAAGCUUCGGUUGGUGAUGAGUUUAGGGUUUUUUAUGCGGAUAGGAUUCCGUGGAAUUUGAAGAUUAAGGCUACGGGGCAACCGGGGCAUGGUUCGAGAUUGUAUGAUGAUAGUGCUAUGGAGAAUUUGAUGAAGAGUGUUGAGGUUGUGAGUAGGUUUAGGGAGAGUCAGUUUGAUGUUGUUAAGGCUGGGAAGGCGUUGAAUUCGGAGGUUGUUUCGGUUAAUCCUGUUUAUGUUAAAGCUGGAGUUCCCACUCAUGAUGGGUUUGUGAUGAAUGUGCAACCUUCGGAGGCGGAGGCUGGUUUUGAUCUUAGGUUGACUCCUACGACAGAUCCUGAUGAAAUGAAGAGGAGAAUUGCUGCUGAAUGGGCACCCUCUGUUAGAAAUAUGUCAUUUGAGAUCAUAGAGAAAGGACCACUCAGAGACUGUUUGGGGCAUCCUUUAAUGACUGCAACUAAUGAUUCCAAUCCAUGGUGGUUAGUUUUCAAGCAGGCUAUAGCCUCAGCUGGAGAAAAACUUUCGAGGCCUGAAAUUCUUGCAUCCACAACUGAUGCUCGAUAUAUUCGACAGAAAGGGAUUCCUGUACUUGGUUUCUCCCCAAUGAAAAAUACUCCCAUCUUGCUUCAUGAUCACAAUGAGCAUCUACGCGAUACCGUGUACAUGAAGGGAAUACAGGUAUACGAAUCUUUGAUAAGCUCCUUGAGUUCGUUCCUGGAAGCUUCACAUUAAUUGCGCUUAAAUGUAUUAGAAAAGGCGUCUGAGUUGCUUAUCUCAUUGAUUUGCGCUUAAAUGUAUUAGAAAAGGCGGCUGAGUUGCUUAUCUCUCCUGUUCAAAGCUAAUACGAAAUUGCUUCCUAAACUUAAACUUUAGUCAUAUUAUUUCCCCAAUGGUUGAGGGAUUUCUCUGAAUGUGUAUUGUAUAUCAAUCAAAUUUGUUAUAGUGUCAAGUAUUAAUGAGAUUAAUAAAAUCAAUGUAAUUUAUAUCUUUGAAUAAUUUGAAUGAAUUCUCUGUAUUACACACUAAAAUUGUAUUUGUAUACAAGAGUUACUCUC